CAUUUACACAUAACCGUGUCCAUACUUUAAAUGAUGGUUGAUAAUGCUGCGACAGUAACUCCUGGCCCGUCCGUAUUGAAUAAUUCCCUCGACGAGUCUAGACUCCAUCACUCUACCCCUCCGAAGACCUAUCGAGAGCCAAAGAGCUUCGUGUCUCCUACGGUUGCUUCGACAGCUAACAGUUCUUCACCACGACAUGUUAACUUUGAUAACUACGAUGAUGACACUAUGCAUUUCGACAAUGUCGUGAACCAUGAGGAGCUCAACGACGUCCUUAACCGAUUGCUGCCUUCCUUGGACUACUUGGACGGCGUUUCCGGUGAGCCAGAGAGUGACAAUGACGGUCCUGUCGGUAGAGUAUCUGCCCUACAUCACCCUAGCUUAGAUUUGUCUGCACUCAGUGACAGCGUCUUUGAGGACUACCAUGAUGAUCGUGGUCGUGGUUUUUCAGCUGAUGGUGAAUUCUCCUAUGCUGACAACUUUAACAACGGCGCUGUCGCUGAGCCUCAUUGCUCUGGUGAUUUCGGUGGUUCGACCGCUGGUGACUCUUCUGGAGAGGUGGUUGAUGAUAUGAUGGGUAAAGUCCUUUCUGCCUUCGUGGACGCUCAGAAGGAGCUUGAAGAAGAACGGGAGAAAAGAAGGCAGCUCGAGCUCGAGAAUGAAGUGAUGCGUUUGAGAAUCCGCACCCUUAGUAGUGUCGGCUCUAACCCUACUAACAGUCGGCAUGGUAGCAUUAGUUACGCUGCUGCCUUGAACAACGGUGUUGGUUCAUCGUCACCAAACUACGGUGUGCUUUCAUCGAGGUCUCGGGCGAUGACCUCUGCUGUUGAUACGUUGUUGCCUGACGACGCCAGCAUGUCGGAGGCGCUUCUCAUGGUGGCUACAGUGGUAGCUGGGAGGCGCCACAGCAGCAACGGAGAUCGAGCUCUGGUGCUUUGA